AUGCUACCAGUCCCAGGGAACCCGGGAAAUGAUUACCCAACCCUUGAUACAAUACCAAAAACAUCAUUCAGUUGUGCCGGGAAAUCACCAGGAUAUUAUGCUGACCCUCAAGCAAAUUGCCAAGUAUUCAGAGUGUGUACCGCUGGCUCAACAUACGGAUUCAAAUCAUUUUUAUGUCCAAACGUCAACACAGAAGUCAAACAUAAUUUGGUAAGUACUCCUUCACCAACAAUUUUAUCAAAAACAAUAGCAAUUAAGAGAAUAAUUGAAGGUGAACAGCCUGGUACUCACAAAUCUCGUAUCACUUUCAAAACAUGGAUUCUUAAGCCAAAAAGCUCGAAACUAAUUGACUUGGUGUUUUCGUUUCUGGCAGAGUCAUUAAAUGCAGCUAGACAAUAUGGUAAUAUUGCAACACAGAGUACAUCACUAACUCAAGCUUCAACUGAGCAACAAGAAUUAAAACAAGCAGAAGCACAAACAAUAUCAAGCGAUAUAAAUCGACAUACUUCCUCACAGUUUUCAAGCAACAACAAUCUCAGUCACAAUAUACGUCAGUCAACAUCUAAAUUACAGCAACAACCAGAAAUAACAAACCAUAACUCACAAAAUAAUUUAUUGAACCGACCCAACAUUCCUAAAGCACAAAAAUUACAGAAAAGUUCAACACCACUUCAACCCAUAAACGCAAAAUAUUACCAACCAACAAGCACACAAAAUUCAAACACGCUUAAUCGAUUCAAAAGUGAACCAACUCAAAUAUACAGUGGUCAACUAUAUCAACUACCAGUACCAGUUGUGACACGAGAAUAUUACAACUCUCCGAAUAGAUGUACUGACUGCAAAAGUAGUAGAAAGUUAGAGACCAUUGAUCAAAACAAAAUCAGUAGCUACACUCAGUUUCAAAAACCGUCUGACGCAGAUGUAGAAAUAAGCCGUUCUCAGGUAAUACUUUCUAAUAUGAAUCGGAUACAAUCACCAGAUAGUAUAGAUAUACAGAAAAAUUCACCUGAUUACGACCUAAUAAGCCCAGAAAAUGGGAUAACAGCUCAUGUACAAGAUAGCAUAACUGGAACACUACCCCAUCCUUCAAAAAGUGAUAAAUUGCUGACGUACAAAAAGAACCAAUCUUAUUAUCUCUAUUCACAAAUAAGUGACGAUAGCGAAAACAACCAACUAAAUGAACAAACAUCAACAAACAAUGAGGUACAAUUUGUUCCUUCCGUUCGUUUUAAAUUGACAAAUGAAAAUGACAAACAGAGAAUAAUUAACACCUACAGAAUUAACAAAGAUGAUUUCAAUAAUGGUGAUGAAUAUAGAAAUCCAAUCCCAGGAGAAAAUAGAAAUACUGUAGAUAGCUCAUUAAGUGUUCCGCAAUUUAAUAAAAUACGACUAGGUAAAGUCAGCACUCUGUAUAAUGGACCUUCGUCAUACAAUGCUCCUCAAAAAACAGCAGUAAACAAUAAACAAGGUAAACAGUUUUGGAAUUCAAGAAUAGAAGAUUUUGAUACUGAAAGUUAUAAUUAA